ACCAUGAGUCUACGGGACGCACUACUAGCCUCUCUUGCAGACGUGCCGGGAACGCGCGAGUUCCACAUCCACGUCUUGGUUUCUUCGCCGCGCAAACGCUCGGAUAUCUAUCCGUACGCCAUCCCACGUCCCAAGGUUUAUUUGCAGGACAUCCUCAUCCUCCUCUCAGAGCAACCCCCUCUGAGUGCGUCUCGUGUCCUCACGACCGCCAUCGAGGCCUCGUUCCACAACAUCCCCGCCACCUCCUGCGGGAUACUGUACGUCUCCAAAGUCGACUCCUCCGGGCAUGCUGCUAAGCCCUCCCCCACCACCGCACUCGUGAAAGGUCUGUUGGGAUUCUAUGCUGAUCCUUCCGCCAGGCCGACACACGUGGAUCACCUCUGGAUCCAGCUCUUCGCACGCGCUCAGGGACAGUACCUGUUCCCUAAUUCCGCCGACUUUCCCGGCAAACGGCCUCUGGCGGAUCUCCAGCUCUGCUCGUGGUGGAAGCACGUUCUGUCCGACACCGCUGCAACAACGUUAUCGCGGGAGAAGGGUCCGCCAAACGUCAAGCUAUUCUAUGUGCUCCCUGGUCUCAGUGAACUCGAGGCGACACACGCGCUCAAUGCUGCUCGCGCGACACCGUCUGCUCACGCGUCGCUAUCCUGGAUCUAUGGGCACCCUUACAACCAGUCUGAGAUCCCGCUACCCUGCCCACCCAUCAAGAACAACGCCCGGCGCAACUUGGGCCACUUUAUCCCGUCCUUCGACGACGAUCCCAAAUCGCGUUUCAUGGACGAGAUUGCCCACACCAUGAACGCGGACGCUGUGAGUUCGCCGAAACGCAAAAAGCCUCGGCCCCCCGACAGCCGCGCGUCUGAUAGGGGUGCAGAUGACAAUGCAGCCACGGAGGAAGUCCAGGGCGAGCUGAGCAAGGUCAGCCCGGAUGAGUUCUGGGAGCGCAUGUCGUUCCGCCAGGAGUGCAUCUCGGGCGUCGUGACCGCGUUCUUUGCGCUCGGCAUCUCGGGCCCUGGCGGGCCUGACCAAAGCGCAGGCGCAGUCUCCCACUCGCCACUCGCGCCCCAGCCGGGCCAGGUGGCUCCGAGAAUGGUCGAGCGCGUUAUCGCAACGCUGAUGAACCACCACGAGUUUUCGACGCGGGAGCGUGCGCUGCGCGCGACGGAAACGCUCGAGGGCGCGAUCAAGGGCCUCUGCGAAGACCUCGCUGCUGUCCCCUCCUCGCCCACACUGACGCGGCACAGCGUGCGCGAGGCCACGCCGGAGCCGGGGCCGUCGCAUUUGGAGGUGCCCAAGACGCCGCCGCGGCGCGCGGCGCAGCUCCCAGACAUCUCGCCCAACCCCUUCCCGGAGCCCGUCGCGUCUCUGGAGACGUACCACUCGUUCAUAUACGGGUCUGUCGCGGUCGACAAUCCGCUUCCACCGCCCAAGGAUGCCGCGGCGACGGGGGCGCAGGGCGCAGGCGCGGGCGGCGAGAGGGCGGCGGGACCGCAGGUCACCAUGCUGACUGCGCGAAAGAAGCGGAAGACCCCAUCAUGACCCCAUGGGCCGCUGGAGUAUGCAUGAUACCGUACGAGAUAUGCCAGCUAUUUAGGCAAUGCUUGUUCUUGGUCUGUUUUCGAAUGGCGGACAUGUGCAAUGACAGGUGGAAGCGGAUUGUGUUUUGCUCCAGACUCUGCUGGUUGGUGCCUUAGAUGUUGUGUUGAACCUUCCUUUGAACUUCCGCAGACUCCGGAUACGCGUGUCUGGGCCCAACUGAAUACGUGGAUUCACUGUACUGGUGUCUCGCUCUGUGGAUCGAGCGCCGCGCAUACUCCAAGCAAGCAGGUUCUUUGCUAUA